AAAAAAGUUGUCGGAUUGGGAGGGUGGGAACGUACAAAAGAACCAAUCGGAGAAAUCUCCAUCGUUGAAUCCGGCGGGAGAGAACCGGCGAGCGGCUAAUCCAUUGCAGAUUUGAGGCCAUCUCCCUUACCAAUUCGAACCAAUUUCAAGCAAGUUCAAAUCAAACCGAAUCUUUCUACCUCUUCUCUCGCUUUCCUCCACCAUGGCAACACUGCGAAUGAUAGAUAUUGCAGUUAAUUUUACAGAUGGUAUGUUCAAAGGAAUUUACCAUGGUAAGCAAUACCACGCAGCUGACCUAGCAGCUGUAUUGAGCAGGGCUUGGAGUGCUGGGGUUCAGCGAAUCAUUUUUGUAAAUGCAGGUGACCGGUGGAUCACUCGAGGAAUCAAGGGAAGCCCUUAAAAUUGCAGAAACAGAUGGUUUAUUUUGUUUUUGUUGUUUAAAUUCUGUUGAACUUCUUAUCUGUUUUCAAACUUUGUUUCUCUUGGUUCAACCUGUUGUUUUGCUUGUAGGAAGGCUUUUUUGUACUGUGGGUGUGCAUCCAACUAGAUGCAAGGAAUUUGAAGAGAGUGGUGACCCAGAGACAUAUUUUCAGGCUCUUCUUUCAUUGACCAAAGAGGGAAUUGAGAAAGGAAAGGUCGUUGCAGUUGGUGAAUGUGGAUUAGAUUAUGACAGGCUUCAUUUUUGCCCUGCUGAUAUUCAAAAGAAAUAUUUCGAGAAGCAGUUUGAAUUAGCACAUACAACAAAGCUUCCUAUGUUUCUACACAUGCGUGCAGCUGCUGAAGAUUUUUGUGAUAUUGUAGAGCGAAAUAAGCAAAGGUUUUGUGCUGGAGUUGUUCAUUCUUUCACAGAUAGUGCAGAAGAUCGUGAUAAGCUUCUCUCAUUCAGUAAUUUGUACAUAGGGAUUAAUGGUUGCUCUCUGAAAACUGCUGAAAAUCUUGAUGUUGUGAGGGGUAUACCAAUUGAGAGAUUGAUGAUUGAGACGGACUCUCCAUAUUGUGAAAUCAAGAAUACACAUGCUGGGAUUAAGUUAGUUAAAUCGGUCUGGGCUUCUAAGAAGAAAGAAAAGCAUGAUGAGCAGUGCAUAGUGAAGGGCCGGAAUGAACCAUGCUUAGUUCGGCAAGUUCUUGAGGUCUUGGCUGGCUGUAAAGGCAUCAUGGAUAUCAAUCAGCUUAGUGAAACUUUGUACCACAAUACCUGCAGAGUUUUCUUUCCUCAAGAUCUGGACUCUGCAGCAGAUGCUCUCCUUGCUGGUUCUCGAGAUCUUGAAGAAAAAAUUUAGUAUAAAUGCAGAACCUACUUUUUGUUAAACUCGAUUACUUAUACACGCAAUUAGUUUUGGAAGCAGAAGCAAUUUUUCUCCAGUAUGUUUACAUUUUUUCAUUACCAUGCUUCCAGUUUUUCAGUCUCCUUUUCCCUUGUAGAGAUUUUUUCACACUUAAAUUGUUAAUUCUCAGGAGAUGACAAACAA